GUUUAUGAGCAGCCUGUGUCAGUGUACAGCCCCGCCUCUUACAAUACCGAGACAGACAGUAAGUCCAGCAGAAUGGUUGGAGGAGACAUCUGACGAAACUAAAGCAACUGAGACUGUCUCCGUGGUCUAGUGGAUAGAGCGACUGCCCAGACAGCAGAAGGUCUGUAGUCUGAUCCCCAGCCACAUCCUCGGCAUUAAGGAUCUAAGACAAGAACUGGUCGGCUUGGAAUGGCAGUGCACCGACAAUUGACAGACAACUUCUUGACGUGCAGCAUCUGCAUGGACGUCUUUGAUGUUCCCUGUACACUUGUGUGUUAUCACACAUUUUGUCGGAAAUGUGUCGUUAGCUAUACUAAAACCAGACCAGAAGCCAUCAGUGCCAAGUCUCUCCUCUGUCCAUUCUGUCGAAAGAUGACCAAAGUAGCCAACUCAAACAGGCCAGUUGAAGAGUGGGCACAGGAAGUGAAACCCAGUUUUUUGAUUCAGGGUCUCUUGGAUUCAUUUAAUCCCAAGACAAAAGAUACCCCGAAGUGCAUCCUAUGUAGUGAUGAAGGAGCGGCACCUCCAGCCACUGCUUGGUGUGCUGACUGUGACAUCAGUCUUUGUGAGGGAUGCCAGAAGGCUCACAGACGUAUUCCUGCCACUCGUCACCAUGACGUAUCUGACCUGUCCACAGAGGUCAAAAUCAACCAAAGACGCAAACCAUUCUGUAAGCAACAUCCAGAUCAAAGCAUGCAGUUCUACUGCAAAGAUUGUAAGAAACUGCAAUGUCAAUCCUGUUGCAUCCUGUAUCACAGAAAGUGUGAGGCAAUUCUACCGUUUGAAUCUGUUAUGCCAGAACUGAUCAGCUGUGUUACAGGAGUUAAGGAAAGACUAGCGUCUCAUUUACAAGCAACAGACAGUUUGCUAACAGAAUUAGAAACCAAACGGACUGAGGUAAUAAAGAACAGAGUCACCGUUCAGUGUCAGAUCCGAUCUACAAUCCAGACAGUCACAGAAGCCAUAAAGAAGAAGCAACGACAACUCUUGGACCAACUGGAUGACGCCACUGAGAAACAUAUCGAGCGACUGAAAACUGAAAUGAAGUCUGAAGAGAUGGCCAAGCAGAUGAUAAGUCAUCACUCUGUGAUGAUAGACAGAGCUCUGGAGUCUGGAAGUGAAAUGGACAUCUAUGAGAUAUACCUUUGGUGUGAGUCAGAGGAGUUUCCUACAGUAUAUGACCCAGAUUCAGAUAUAAAAUAUGAACUGAGGGAGAAAGUAUGUUUUAAGCAUGAUUGUGAAGAGAUGUGUAACAAUAUACACGAGGUAAGCUUUGGUGAAAUUGAUACCAUAUAUGAAGAUGUGUUUGAUUCUACAUCGACAUCAGUUCUGCACGACACAGUCGACACACAAACAGAAGAUGAGACAAGUUUACCUCAUGUUUAUGACGUGGCAGUGUUCAAUGAAGGCGGUACAGACACCAUAGUUGUAACUGAUAAUAACAACAAGUGCGUCAAAUCCUUCUACACACGCAAUACUCAACCCUGUCAGAGUAAGCUCUCUGUUCAGAGCCCCCCUCGGCGGAUUGCAAAACUUAAUGCCCAUCACAUGGCUGUGACCCUUCCCGAGACAAGGGAGAUAAUACUAAUUGAAGUGACCCCUGACCUUGUUCUCCAAUCAUACAUUUCAACGAGGAAGAAGUACUUUGGUCUGACGGCCCUGACACCGACUACCCUGGCAGCAGGAUCCGGGUCGCCUCCCUGUGUGGACAUCCUGGACAUGGCGGGGAAUGUGUUGAGGACGCUGAAUCGUGUCACAGAUGGGGGAACCCUUGUAUCAGAUCCUUUAUUCCUAUCUACCACCAGUCAAGGUUACAUCCUGGUGUCAUGCAGUCAUGCCCCAAGAAGUCAUGUGCUAUGUAUGACACCAAACGGAGAUGUUGUGUUUAAUUAUGUACCCACAGGACAACAUCGAGCAAUGAAUCCAUGCGGCAUCACUGGAACAAACACAGGCGACAUGCUUGUUGUUGACGACAUGUCAAACAAAGUGGUUCAUUUGAGUAGUUCAGGCACAUGGUUGAGAGACGUACUGACGUCAAGCGAUGGCAUCACUUUCCCUUAUGGUCUGUACUUUGAUAAGCGGAGGCGUCUGUAUGUCACCAACCGCCACUGUGUGAUGGUCUACAGGUUCAUAACACGCACCAAACCAAGAUGUACAUGAAGGUGAAUGAACGACUGAUGGUUUUGUAUAGAUCUCCCUUUGAAUAGUGUUUCAGUUAUAUAACGAGAUUGAGAAACACAACCAGUGUGAAGCCAAUGUAGGCGUGUUUACUCCUACUUCCGGGGUCCGAUGACUGACUGUGUUCGAUCCUGAUGAUGAGAUGAUGAUAGAUGCACAGGGGCGC